AGGAGAUGACCAGAGACUGCAGACACAGUACAGGAGAUGACCAGAGACUGCAGACAUAGUACAGGAGAUGACCAGAGAGCAGACAUAGUACAGGAGAUGACCAGAGACUGAGGACAUAGUACAGGAGAUGACCAGAGACUGCGGACACAGUACAGGAGAUGACCGGAGACUGUAGACAUAGUACAGGAGAUGACCAGAGACUGCGGACACAGUACAGGAGAUGACCAGAGACUGCGGACACAGUACAGGAGAUGACCAGAGACUGCGGACACAGUACAGGAGAUGACCAGAGACCUUUCAGCAAUGCAGUAUAUGGGGGGGGAGGACAUACCUGGCCAGCCGGGCUCAGCAUCCUCUCUGAGGGCGGGGCUCCCACUCACAUCUCAGCUUCUAGUAGCAGUUCCCUCCUGAGCAUACAGGCUGCAUGGGGCAGG